UCAGGGGCUGGGUGUGGGCAGUGUGGAUGGGGUGUGUGGAGAGAUGGUGGAAGGAGAAUGGGGAGUAGAUGCAUGGGCUGAGGGUAGACAUAGGCAAUAAAAAAUAACUAUCUCUUAUAGCUCUCUAGGCAGCAGGGCCAUUACCAGCUGCCCCAUUUCACAGCUAGGGCCUAGGGAGGAGAAGUGAUUUCUAAGCUCAGGCAAUGAGGCUGCAGCAGAGCUGCCAAUUGGUCUUUCUCAGUAACAUUGAGCUUUUCUUCCUCUAGCAGCCUUGGAGAUGCCUUGGCCCUCUGACCUGCUCAGUGCCAUGUCUAGGAUCAGGGCUUGCUCGUGGCAUCUGAACAGCCAGCUUUGGUCUCAGCCAUUCUUCCUAGAGAGCCCCUGGGGCUGGUGCCCCAUCUCUGGUUGUCCUGGUGCCAUGCAUUGUGGGCUGCACAAGUGAGCUGGCCUGCCCUUGAGUUAGAAGUGGGUGAAGUAGGGCUGCCAGGCUGUCUGCCUGAAGGCUCCGCAGCUGAAGCCUGCGGGCCACGCGUCCCACUCCACCAUGGCAUCACCUUUGUUCUUGUCGCGGGGAGCCCUGCCCCGCUUGGCUUACUACAGGCUGGCCGGGCGCAGCCCCGGCAUCAUCUUCCUCUUGGGGUUCCAUGACAGCAGGGCGAACCCCAAGUGCCUGGCCGUGGAGCAGUUCUGCCAGGAGUCGGGACGGGCUUUCCUGAGCUUUGACUACACGGGCUGCGGCAGCUCAGACGGGUGUUUUCAGGACUGUUUGAUUGGCCACUGGAAAAACGAUGUUCUAACAGUUCUGGAUGAACUCACCAGCGGGCCGCAGAUUCUCGUUGGUGUCAGCAUGGGAGGCUGGCUCAUGCUUUUAGCAGCCCUGGAGCGGCCAGGGAGGGUGGCUGGGCUGGUGACCACAGGAAUCGGGGCAGAUGCCUUCCUAACGCUGUACAGAGAGCUCCCUCCGGAGGUGAAGGGCGAAGUGGAGCAGACGGGAGUCUUUAACUGCGUGAUGGCUGGGGCCGAGUCUGUGCUACUUAAGCGGGAGUUCUUUACGGAGGCGGAGGAGCACAGUGUGCUGAGGCGCCCGUCCAUCCCCAUCACCUGCCCCGUCCGGCUGCUCCAUGGCAUGCAGGACCAGCUCAUACCCUGGGGCAGGGCCGUGCAGGUGGCUGAGCAGCUGGAGAGCCAGGAUGUCCGCAUCACGCUGUUCAAGGACGGGCAGCAUGGCCUGAAGGGAGCGGAGGAGGUGAGGGUGCUCGUGGGGACGGUCAGGGACCUUGCUGAGAGCCUGCAGAGAGAGCCAGGCCUCGGAGAGAGACUGGAAGCCGCUGUGGGGACAGAGCCCACUGAUGGGGCAGCGGUGACCAGCUAAGGAGCCCUUUCUGGGCCACGCUGAACCUAGCCCCAUCUAAUCCAUUAAUGAAGAGAUUGCGUAGUGCUGGCUCCCCACUGCCCCAAGGCCUAAGCCAACCCCAUUAGCACCAGGAGGUGCUCAGAGCCUGGGCUUGCUAAUGAGCUCCCUGCAGGGGUGAGGUGACAGCACCCAGCUUGUAGCGCUGGGUGAGUCUGCUACUGGCCAGUGCAUCUGGAAAGCAGCUGCUGGGCGGGGGAUUGGCUGCUACAGCGAUUGAAGGUGGGGUCUCUGGGUCUAGAAUAGAAACAUGGCUCAACAUCCUGCCCUCCAGAAACACGUGAGAAAACCCAAAAAGGGCUCAGGUCUUGGAGAAAAACAUUAAACUUUCCUGAAAAAAUUCAGUGAUGCUGCAUUGUUUGGAGAGAACAGGCUGAGGGAAGGGGAUUGAACAUCCCCCCUGGAGUGCCCAGCGCUGUUCCACGCCCCAUGCCCAUGGGGGGGCUGCACAUGCAGGCUGUUGCCAGAAGCGCUGAGGGGGCCAGGCUAGACAUGCCUAGCAGGUGCCCACACUUUGGCUUCCAUCACGGCUGGAUGAAAGGGAACAAAACAGGCCAUUCUGGUCAGGGCUGGCUUUGCUGUGAGCCUGCCGGGCUGGCUUCCUGCCCAGGGGUUGUAGGGCUGUUGCUAUGGCAGCUGGGGGUGAGUACAACCUCUCCCACGGUGCUGUACUCCCCAAAGAAACCGCUAUGCCAGUCGGCGGCAGCCAUCCCCUGUGAGAACUGUACCCACACGCAGGGCUAGAACUAGGCUGGGGCGGUUAAAAUCUCCAACUUUGGUGUAGCCAGGCCCAGGGGCGUGGACUGCAGCCAGUCACGGGUCCAUGUGCCGGGGGGACAGCCAGUGGGGUUAGCACAUGCACAGGCUGCUGCAGCUGGGGGAACGCUUGGCUUUGUCUCCUGCAGAGAGCUGAAAGGGGCUUCCCUUCCCCUGAACUACACCCCCGCACACACACAGUCUGUUCCCUUCAGCAGGGCAGGGAGAAAGGGCUCCCCCCAAACCCGAGCAAGGGGCAGAACUCUCCCUACUCCCCCUUCACUCAAAUACCCUGCAGCCACUCCUAGCUGAAGGUUCGCUGUCAGGAGAUAGGGCUGGAGCUGGGUCUCUCGGGGCCUUGCCGUCUCAUGUCCCUGGUCAGGGUGAGGGUUGCAGCACUGGGGUUAAUGGAGACCACCCAUCAGCACCUGUGGAAGUUGGGUCCAUUGCAGAUGGAAGGGGAAGGUCAGACCAUGCUAGGCCUGAGGUUGAGUUGCUAACAGGGGGGUACCUGCCUUCCUGGAGCAAGGAGGCAGGAGCCUAGUGGGUAAA